AAGCUGGUUGGACAUAUUGAUGACUUGCUUGAACUCACAUCUGCUUCCAAUUAGCGGUGAUUAGAAGCUUUCCCUUGAUUCUCAGUGGAGGAAAACCAGCAGGUCUACUGGCUCUUGUUAAGUUGUUGUUGUUUUAGCUAAUUUACUUGAAGAUGAGUGAAGUUAGUGAAAUGACUCAGGAAAACAGUGUUUGUAUGCAGUCUGUUGACAUGGACUUGACUUGUCUUCCUCCUGGCAACACGUCCCUGCAACAGACUGAUGCGCCCGGUGCAGCUGAACAGCAGACAAUGAGCGUUUAUCUCAGAGUGAGGCCUUUCUCUAAAGAGGAGCUCUCUAACAAUGAGGAUCAGGCUUGUGUUGUGAUUGAAAACAGCCAGACGGUGACACUGAAUGCACCAAAAGGUUCUGCCACCAUGAAGAGCAGUGAGAAAGGAAUUGGCAUGUCACUCCACAAAUUUUCUUUUUCACAGAUUUUUGGGCCUGACACAACACAGGCUGAGCUGUUUGAGAACACAGUCAAAAACCAAAUGAGUGAUUUCUUGGAUGGGAAGAAUGCACUGAUAUUCAGCUAUGGUGUAACCAAUGCUGGGAAAACCUUCACAAUCCAAGGAACUCCAAAAGAGCCAGGAAUACUGCCUCGAGUGCUGGAAAGCACUUUUCAGUACAUUGGAGAACAUCAGUAUCAGGGAAUGGACCUGAAGCCCUACCUCAGGAAUGGUGUGCAGUCUCUGGAUUUUGACCAAGUAAAGCAGGAAAGAAGCACUAAAGCUGCCAUUUUUGCUUCAAUUAAAGAAGUAAGGACUCAGUUCUGUCAAAUGUAUUCCAGAAAAGAGAAGAUGGGAAUAAAGCACCUGACUGUAGUGCUGUUUACAUUCAUAUGUCUCUCCUCUGGUCUAGGAGUGUGAUCCUCUCAGAUAUCUACAGAGGUGUUCAGAGACCCAUUUUCAGCAAUAAUCCCUCCUGUGUUCAGUGGUACAUUGUCUUAUCUAAUCAAGUUUAACACAUUAAAAGCCUAACUUAUCACUCAAACAGCUUUUUAAGACAUUUGAGCACAAACUCAAACUAUUGUGGGGAUUAAAGAAACAAUAAAUGUGUCUGGAUCA